AUGGCCGAACCAACUUUGGACUGCCACAGUGUGACGGACGACAACCGGAAGCGUCCAGCACCCCGGACUCGCGCAACAGCCACAAAUUCCGUCUUUGCCAAUGGCCGGCAGUGCCAGUCGCAACUUUUAGUCUUGCAAGAUCAUCUGCCAGCGUACUCAAGAGCGGUCAAAUCGUACGAAGCACUGAUCGAAGAGAUCCGCGCCAGAUUGGAUAGCUCCCAACAGGCCGGUCUGGAUCUUAGCCUCCAGGAUAUUCGAAGUCUCGUGCCACAGGAACCGAGAGAGGUUGAGCAGGUGCCUAGCAGUGCAAAUAUCAGCGCACAAGUUGGAACCCCAGCGGCUUCUCCAACGACGUAUGUAGGCAAGGCAAGCGACAUCCAUUUCAUUCAGAGCGUACACCAUUGUGUUCAUGGGCAUGAGUCUGGUAAGGAUGUGUCUGCUCAGAAUUACAGCCAAACCUACGUUUCACAGAGUUUGACGGCUCUGACGCACCCAUUGCUAUUUCCGUCACAGGCAGAGUCGGAUCAAUUUCUAGAUGUCUAUUUGUCGACAAUCCACAUUGCGUAUCCUUUUUUCUCCAGAUCAAUUCUGCUUGACGCAUUCGAGCGCUUUCGGAAUGGGGAAGUUCAAGAGCCAGAAUUUCGCCCUUGGCUCGCAAUUCUCAGUAAAGCCUAG